AUGCUCGUCAUCGGAGCGACGGGAACCCUCGGCCGUCAGGUGGUCAGGCGCGCGCUCGACGAGGGCUACGACGUUCGCUGCCUCGUGCGCCCCAGGCAGAACCCCGCGGAUUUCCUCCGCGAUUGGGGCGCCACCACCGUCUCCGGCGAUCUCACCAAGCCUGAGACCCUCCCCGCCGCCUUCGUCGGCAUCCACACCGUCGUCGACGCCUCCACCGCGCGCCCGGAGGAGGACACCUACGCCAUCGACUGGAAGGCCAAGGUUGCGUGCAUCCAAACCGCCGCGUCCAUGGGCAUCCAGCGCUACGUGUUCUACUCCAUCGACAAGUGCGACCAGCACCAGGAGGUGCCGCUGAUGAAGAUGAAGUCCGCGGUCGAGGAGUACCUCAAAGUCUCCGGCAUGAACUACACCGUCCUCCGCCUGUGCGGCUUCAUGCAGCCCCUCAUCAGCGGCUACGCCGUCCCGGUGCUCGAGGAGCAGCCGCUGUGGGGCACCGACGACGACACUCGCACCGCCUACCUCGACACCCAGGACGUCGCCAAGAUGACGCUCGCGGCGUGCAGGCGCGACGAGGCCGUCAACAAGGUCAUGACGCUCGCGGGGCCCAAGAGCUACUCCGUGCGAGAGGUCAUCGCGCUCUGCGAGAAGCUCGGCGGCGCGGAGGCCAAGGUGAGCAAGGUGCCCGUCCUCGUGCUGAAAGCGACGCGGGCGCUCACGAGGUUCUUCCAGUGGACGGCUCCCGCGUCGGACAGGCUGGCGUUCGCGGAGGUACUCGCGUCCGGGGUCAAGUUCGACGCCCCGAUGGAGGAGACCUACGAGAUCCUGGGCAUGGACGCUUCCGAGACGACGAGUCUGGAGGAGUACCUGGAGGAGUACUUCUCCAAGAUUCUCAAGAAGCUCAAGGAGGUGGGUGGCCAGUCCAGGCAGAAGGACUUUUACCUCUGA